AUGACCCCCACCAAGGCUCCGGACAAGAUCUUUCCAAUCACAACAUUUAUCUCAGACCUACCGACCAACCUCAUCCAGCAGUACCUCCCAUCCUCUGAAAACGGCCGCAAUGGACGCUUGGUCAUUGUCGGCGAUGUGCAUGGGAUGAGAAAGUCCUUGGAAGCACUGCUAGAUAAAGUCGGCUUCGACAAGAGCAAAGGAGAUCAUCUCAUACUAGUUGGCGACCUAGUCAAUAAAGGGCCCGAUAGCCCUGGUGUUGUUGAUCUAGCCAUGAGUCUAGGAGCCAGCGCAGUGAGAGGUAACCACGAAAAUGCCGUUCUUAAUGCGGUCGUGGAAAUAACUGCCAUGCGGAAUAGUAGUCAAGUACAUCCCAGAGGCUUGGCUGACAGUCCAGCCGUACCUGAGACCCCGGAAGGGGAUACCGCCGGAGAUCUCGAGAUCCUUGACAAAGGUGUAUCUGCAACCGAGAUGAAGAUGAGAGCGAGCCCUGGAACCCAGAGUACAGCAAUGGCACUUUCGACGCACCAGCUUGACUGGCUUGCAGCUUUGCCUUUGAUCUUGCGCAUCAAUCUCCCUCAUAACUUAACAUCCCCCUUGGGUGACACUUUGGUUGUGGUCCAUGCAGGCCUCGUUCCUGGCAUCCCAAUUGAAGAGCAGGAUCCACAUGCUGUAAUGCAUAUACGGAGCCUGGUCCGUGAAUCCAGCAAUGGAAAUGGACUUACACCGACUGAAACUUUCAGAGAAGAAGGCUGGGUUAUGGAAUGGGAUCGGUGGCAAGACGGUCUAGCGUCCAACACGACGGUGAUAUUUGGGCACGAUGCAAAGCGUCGUCUGCAACGCGGCAAAUAUGCGAUUGGACUGGAUUCAGCGUGUUUAUACGGCAAUCAAUUAAGCGCAGUUGUGAUUGCGGCUCGCGAUGGGAGAAUUGAUCAUGAGAUUGUUCAAGUUGAAUGUGCUGAUACACCUGUGACGCCAACAGUGUCGGCGAAAGAAGGCGAAACGGAUACUUGUAAGAUAAAUAAGACGUGA